AUGUCAUUGAGAAGACAAAGUACAAUAACUCAAUCAUCUAGUCUUCGAGGAACUAGGCCAGUUAGAAGAGAUGCAUUUCCAUAUCUAGAUAAUAGAGAAAUAACGUCAUGUUUGUUAGAAUGUGAAUUUAAUGUUUCACUUGAUUCAGUUAGUAAACCAACAAGUGAAUUUAUAAUGAAUUUAUUUACAUUAUUUAUUGAAUCAUUUAUGGGGAUAGAUAAUUUAGAUGAAAAAGCAAAAGAUAUGGCUAAAAGAAGAUACCAAAUAAUGAAUCAACAAGAUACUGAAAUAGAAGUUGAAAUUAAUGGGAAUGGAAAUAGUUUAAAUAAUAACUCAGAAAUAGAAGUAACAACUACUGAUCAUUUAUUAACUUUAUUUCGUUUUGCUCAAAGAUUUUUUCAAAAUAUUGGAGUAAAUGAUCUAACAUUACCGGAUUUAACAAGACCAGAACCUUUAAAUACAAGAAGACUACUAAGUGCAGUUGUUAACUACUUAAGAUUUAGAGAAAAUAUAUCAAAUGAUUUUGAACAAAUGGCAUUGGAGGCAGAGGAAACUACUGCAAGAAUACGAAAUUUACAAGAUUCAAACUCCAACAAAAUAUUACAAAUAAAUGAUUUAGAGAGAAAAUUAAAAUUUAAAGAUAAUGGGAGAAGUCAAGAACCAAGAACUGAUUUACAAUAUGUUUAUAAUUAUAAUAAAAAAUUGGAGUCAAAAUUAAGAGAAUUAAAAUUAUUACAAGAACAAUUAACAAAACAACAUGAUGAUUAUAAGUCUGAAAAAAAUAUUUUAGCUACAGAAUUAUAUGAUUCUGGAUUCAUCUGUGAUGAAACUGCAGGACAAAUUGAAAAUCUCAAAACUUACAAAGAAAAAGAUAUUGAUAACUUAAAUAUAAUCGUUGAUGAUUUAAAUCAAGAUUUGGAAGGGAUAGUAAGGACUUAUGAUACAUUUGAUGAACAAUAUCAAAAUUUAGGUAAGACAAUAAAUUCAAUAGAGAUUAAUGACAAAAUAAUAAAUGAUCUAAUAAUAAUAUCAGAAGAAAUUUUGAGACUACUUCAAGAACAAGAUUACGAACACAAUAAUGUCAGAAUAAACAACGAUAAGUUAAAAGACUUAAACGUAGAAUCUAACGAUUUACAAAAACAAAUAGAAUCCAAAAAUGAAAUACUAAAGAAGUAUGAAAAAAAAUACAAAGAUUUAGACGAUCAAUAUCAGAAAAAGCAAUCAACAUUAUCACAAAAGUUAAGAGAAGUAAAUGAUCAAUUAGAUGAAAUAAUGUCUCAAAAAUCAAAACAAAAUGAUGAACAUAAAACAAAAUAUAAAAUUAUUUUAAAGAUUAGAAAGGAAACAGACGAUCUAAUCAAUAAUUUUGCAAAAGAAGUUAAAUCAAAUGAGAUAAAAAUGAAUCAACUCAAAAUGUCACUAACUAAAUAUAUGGAGAAUUUAAAAAAUAAACUUGAUUGA